ACCAUCCCCACCAAAAGCUGAUUUCUUGAGAAAGCAACGCGAGUUCAGAGAAUCCCGCGGUGAUUCAAAUAAAGUGGCAGAGAAAAGGAUCAGAGAAGGGUUAAUUAUUAACUAUGAGGAACCCGUCUUCUUCAUCUUCACCUAUCCCCAGGAAGGCGACUACUACUGCUACUACACCAUGCUGUAGCAAAGUGGGAAUAAAGAGGGGGCCUUGGACUCCAGAAGAGGACGAGCUCUUGUCUAACUACGUCAAGAAGGAAGGCGCUGGACGGUGGCGUACGCUUCCCAAGAGGGCAGGGCUGCUUAGAUGUGGAAAGAGUUGUCGCCUCCGGUGGAUGAAUUACCUCCGGCCUUCUGUUAAGAGAGGACGUAUUGCUCCAGAUGAGGAAGAUCUCAUUCUUAGGCUUCAUAGAUUGCUCGGUAACAGGUGGUCUUUGAUAGCUGGGAGGAUUCCAGGACGAACGGACAAUGAGAUUAAGAACUACUGGAAUACCCAUCUCAGCAAGAAGCUGAUUAGCCAAGGGAUUGAUCCAAGGACCCACAAGCCAUUGAACCCUAACCCUAAUUCGUCCCAAUUUCCGCAAGGUCAAAACCAAAAUUCCGGGCCGACAUCUGUUGAUUUAGAAGAAACUGGCAGGACCUAUCGAGUUAUAGCUACCAAAGUGAGCCAAACUUUCAAUAUGACUAACCUGGAUCAUUAUCAAAACCCAAUGGUUGUGGCAGAUGGUAACGAUAACCGGCCGAAUUGUGAUGCUCUAGUUAUGGGUUUACAAAGUGAUCAAGGACAAAGCAAUGCAGAAUAUAAUUACAUUGGAAAUGGAAAUGAGGAUACUUUCUCUUCAUUUCUGGAUUCUUUGAUCAAUGAAAAUGAAAAUCUGUUCUUGCUUAAUCAACAACAGCAACCUCAACAGCAGCAGCAGCAUUUUAAUAUGGUUCCGCCUUCACUUCAACACAUUGUUUCCUCUGCACAAACUUUCAAUCAUACCGCCAUUUGGGAAGCUGACGUUGCAUCUUCAAUGGCUGCCUUAGGUGACGAAGAUGCUGCUUUAACUUAGCCAUGUCCAGCCUGCUGAUGAUCCUUUGCAAACAAAAGUGCAGUAACAAAAUCAGAUGGCCGGGUUUGACAACGAGCUAUCAUCUAAUUUGUGUAUUAUUUGUGCACCUGUUCUCCUAGUUGUUGUGCUUCUACCGACUCCUGCAUGUACACAUAUAAAUGGCUGGUGUUAAGUUGAUAGAACAUGUAUGUACGUAGCAGUAGUACCUUUAGAUGGACUUUGUUUACUGCACGUGUUAAGUCCUUUUACACCUCAUAGAAGACCUAAAGAUAUUGGUUUGCUAUACAGAUUACAAUGUGACUUUA